ACCAACAAGUAAGACAGCGCAUCGGCGAAGCUAGCGAAGACAUAGCCGCGGAAAGAGCUACUUCCUAUUUUUUCUCCAUCUUAAAUAGAAUAUCCGUAAAAAGACGAGGGCCUCUCCGGCGAAGGGAAGCAGAGAUCUCGGGAAUCGGUUGGGGUUUAUCUUCCUCCCUAGGGUUUGUGCCCGCCUCUCUUCGAUCGGUGGGGAAGAGGUUCCGAGCGAGGCUUGCCGGGAUCUCGCCUCCCACUUUCUUGGUUGUUUUGUUCUCUCUGCUGGAUCGCUUGGGCUGCAGCAAUGACGGGCUCGUUGGCGAAUCGGGCGACGAGCACCAUGUUGAUCGGUCCGGAUUGGGCGAUGAACAUGGAGAUCUGCGACAUUUGCAAUCGCGACUCUGGACAAGCAAAGGAUGUUGUAAAAGGACUCAAAAAGCGUCUUCGACAUAAGAAUCCAAAAGUUCAGCUUCUUGCAUUGACACUUCUGGAAACAAUGAUAAAGAACUGCAGUGAUAUAGUCCAUAUGCAUGUUGCUGAGAAAGAUAUUCUGCAUGAGAUGGUGACAAUAAUGAGAAAGAAGCAAGCUGAUAUUCAGGUCAAGGAGAAGGUACUUCUGUUAAUAGAUACUUGGCAAGAAGCACUUGGUGGUCCACAGGCAAGAUAUCCACAAUAUUAUGCAGCAUAUCAGGAGUUGUUGCAUCUAGGAGCAGUAUUUCCUCGAAGACCUGAGAGAUCGGCACCUAUAUUUUCUCGAAGACCAGAGCUAAAUCCUGAUUAUCAAGAAGAAGCGCCUGAGUCUUCUGCUGGUUCUGAUUUUCCUAUUCUGAGCCUUGCAGAAAUUCAGAAUGCCCGUGGUGUUAUUGAUAUUCUUUCCCAAAUGCUUAAUGCUUUAGAACCUGGGAACAAAAAGGAACUCACACAGGAGGUGCUUGUGGACCUUGUUGAUCAGUGCCAUUCAUACAAACAGAAAGCGGUGCACCUUGUGAACAAGACUUCGGAUGAGGAACUGCUUCGCGACGGACUUGCACUAAAUGAUGAGUUGCAGCGAAUUCUAGCCAGGCAUGAUGCCAUUCUUUCAGGAACUGCUGUUCAUGCAGAGAAGCCAAAGACUCUUCAAGCACUUGUAGAUGUUGAUGAGUCUUCUGUAACAAAUGCAGAUAGCAGUGCACAUACGAAUCAAAGGUCCAAUAUGAAUACAAGCACAAGUGAGCAGUCUCCUCUUCAGCAAUUACUGCUACCUGCACCUUCAGCAUCUAAUGGUGCAGCAAGCUCAUUAGAAAUAAUUGAUCCUAACAUGGACCUUCUUAGUGGCGAGGAUUUCAGUAAACCUACAUCUGAGAAUUCACUUGCACUUGUACCUGUUACUGACCUAGUUGAUGGUUCUGCCAGCUCUGGAACUGAGCACAACAUUUUGGCUCUUUCCGACAUAUUUUCUCAAAACAGCAAUAACAGCAACAAACCUACCAAUGCUUUUGAUUCUAAUACAGCGUAUCCAGCAUCACAGACAUAUCCUGCUGUGGCUCAGCUUCAACUAGAACCCCAGCAGUCUACAUAUUAUUCCAAUGGAAAUGUCCCAAACUCUGGGGUAGCUCAAUAUGAACAGGCAGCUUAUAUCCAAGGAACCCAAUUGAAUCAAGCAAAUCCUGCAUGGAAUAGUCAGAGUUCUCAUGGCUUGAGUUCCCAGCAGCAGGCAACAUACAAUACAAAUGAUCAAGGUGGAGCUCUUCCUCUGCCGCCAUGGGAAGCUCACACUGUUCAUAAUAACCAACCAAUUGAGCCUCAACAAAUGCAGAGUGGCCAACUUGAGGGAGGUAUACAUCCCCAGCCAAUCCAAAGCAGCCACCUUGGAGGAAUGCAUCCUGGACUAAUUCAGAACAACCAGCGGAUUGGUAUGCCAACCCCACCAAUGCAGAGCAACCAGCUGGGAGGUUUAUAUUCCCAACCUAUUCAGGGUGGGCAGUUUGCAGGCAUGCAGCAACAACUCAUGCAGGGUGUUCAGUGGAUAGAUUAUGGAUAUGGUCAACAGCCAGUAGCUCAGUACUAUAAUCAGAGACCUCUGUACCCUUAUGUUGGUCCAAAUGAGAUUUCUCAGAGAAUGUAUGGGCUUUCCCUGCAAGACAACAAUAGUUACAUGAAUACAAACUCCUCUUAUCCAAUAUCUACAUCAACAUUUAACAGUCAGCAGUCCCACAGACCAUCAAAGCCUGAAGAUAAGUUAUUUGGCGAUCUUGUCAGCUUGGCCAAGUCGAAGCAAAAUAAACUCAAUGGAAAUAAAUUAGGGAGCUUGUAAAAUCAGCAAGCACAUCCUAUUAUUAUUAUUAUUCUUUGGAUUGUUAUUUUUAUCAUACCUUUUUUGGAAAAUAUAUUUUUUGCUUGCUUAUUUGUAUGUUUAUUCUGUUGUGUUUAAUUGUGUACUUCUGGAGAAAGAAAACAUUGAUUGGUUGUAAUUGGAAAGAUCCAUGCUUAGGUUAAUUUGACAGUUCAGAGAUGCUGAAUUUCUGUUA